UCUCGGCUCCAUCAGGAAUGCCACCUGUUCUUGGGAAUAUACUUUAGAAAAAGGGCCAAAACUACGACUAGGCUUUCCAAAUCUGAAGCAUAAAUUCACUUUUCCUCCGUUUGUCUGGAUCUGGGAACCUGCGUUUGGUGUUAGCUAGUGGAAGCAGUAUGUAUGGCCGAAGUGCUUUGCUGCAGCUGGUAGCAUGAGUGGUGGCCACCAGCUGCAGCUGGCUGCCCUCUGGCCCUGGCUGCUGAUGGCUACCCUGCAGGCAGGCUUUGGACGCACAGGACUGGUACCGGCAGCAGCAGUGGAGUCUGAAAGAUCAGAGCAGAAAGCUAUCAUCAGAGUGAUCCCCUUGAAAAUGGAUCCCACAGGAAAGCUGAAUCUCACUUUGGAGGGUGUGUUUGCUGGUGUUGCUGAAAUCACUCCAGCAGAAGGAAAAUUAAUGCAGUCCCACCCCCUGUACCUGUGCAAUGCCAGUGAUGAUGACAACCUGGAGCCCGGAUUCAUCAGCAUCGUCAAGCUCGAAAGUCCCCGACGGGCCCCUCGCCCCUGCCUGUCACUGGCUAGCAAGGCCCGUAUGGCAGGUGAGCGAGGAGCCAGCGCUGUCCUCUUUGAUAUCACCGAGGAUCGAGCUGCUGCUGAGCAGCUGCAGCAGCCCCUAGGGCUGACUUGGCCAGUGGUGUUGAUCUGGGGCCAUGAUGCUGAGAAGCUGAUGGAGUUUGUGUAUAAGAACCGAAAGGCCCACGUGAGGAUUGAGCUGAAGGAGCCCCCAGCAUGGCCAGACUAUGAUGUGUGGAUCCUCCUGACUGUGGUGGGCACCAUCUUUGUGGUCAUCCUGGCUUCAGUGCUUCGUAUCCGGUGCCGCCCCCGCCGCAGCAGGCCGGAGCCUCUUCAGCAGCGAACAGCCUGGGCCAUCAACCAGCUGGCCACCAGGAGGUACAGGGCCAGCUGCAGGAGGGCCCGGGCUGAAUGGCCAGACUCAGGUAGCACCUGCAGUUCAGCCCCCAUGUGUGCCAUCUGCUUGGAGGAGUUUUCUGAGGGGCAGGAGCUGCGGGUCAUUUCCUGCCUCCAUGAGUUCCACCGUACCUGUGUGGACCCCUGGCUACAUCAGCAUCGGACUUGCCCUCUCUGCAUGUUCAACAUCGUAGAGGGUGACACAUUUUCCCAGUCCUUGGGACCCUCUAGAACUUACCAGGAACCAGGCCGCAGACUCCACCUCAUUCGCCAGCAUCCUGGUCACGCUCACUAUCACUUCCCUGCUGCCUAUCUGCUGGGCCCUUCUCAGAGCUCAGUGGCUCGGCCCCCAAGACCUGGUCCCUUCCUCCCAUCCCAGGGGCCAGUCUUGGGUCCUCGGCACCCCCGCCUCCCCAGAGUGGCACCUCCCCGGCCUCCGGGUGAGCAGCAGCGCCUAGCAAUGGCCCAGCUUCCCUAUGCGCAGGGUUGGGGGCUGAGCCGGCUCAGAUGUACCUCACAGCAACCUGCUGCAUGCCCAGUGCCCCCACGCCGAACCAGGCCUCAUGACAGCAGCGGGUCUGGGGAGAGCUACUGCACUGAACGCAGCGGCUACCUGGCAGAUGGGCCAGGCAGUGACUCCAGCUCAGGGCCCUGUCAUGGCUCAUCCAGUGACUCGGUAGUCAACUGCACAGACAUCAGCCUGCAAGGCAUCCACGGCAGCAGUUCCACCUUCCGCAGCUCCCUCAGCAGUGACUUUGACCCCUUGGUCUACUGCAGCCCUGAAGGGGAGGUCCAAGGGGAGGAGACACAUGUUAGUGUGGCCUCUCGUCCCAGGUCCUUGGACUCGGUGGUGCCCACAGGGGAAAACCAGGUCACCAGCCACAUCCACUACCACCGCCACCGGCACCACCACUACAAAAAGCGGUUCCAGUGGCAUGGCAGGAAGUCUGGCCCAGAAACUGGGGCCCCCCAGUCCAGGCCUGGUGUUCCUCGGACACAUCUCCAGCUGGAGCCACCUUCUGGUGAGCAAGCCACCAGAUCCAACUCACCAGCUCCCUCAGGGCAGCUCCCUAACCCACAGAGGCCUAAGGCUCUCACAGAGCCAGCCCUUGGCCCAGCUGAAGCCUCCAGCCCCAACCCCAUUGCCAGCAGCCUUUUCAACAUACAGAAAUCCAGCCUUUCUGCCCGACACCCACAGAGGAAACGGCGAGGGGGUCCCUCAGAGUCCACCCCAAUCUCUCGGCCCCAGGACUUGACUAUGCACCCACCUUGCCCAGUGUUUCCCCACUAUGGCCCCAGUCUGGCAUACCCUUGGUCCCCAGAGGCCCACUCAUUGAUCUUCGGACCUUCGGGCCUACAUAGGAGGCUUCUACCAGAAACAUCGGACUCCUGUUACUCAAGGUCACAGCCAGUAUGGUUGUGUCUGACGCCACGCCGGCCCCUGGGGCCACACCCGCCUGAGGAGGGGCCUUCCGAAUGGAGUCCUGGCACCACAGAGGGCAGACCAUGCCCUUACCCACACUGCCAGGUGCUGCCAGCCCAGCCUGGCUCAGAGGAGGAGCUUGAGGAGCUGUGUGAGCAGGCCGUGUGAGAUGUUCAGACUUGGCUUCAACCAAAACUGUGCUCCGGAUGACUCAGGGUGCUACCAGCAGAAUCCUGCUCCUGGGAGAAGAAAGGACCUCGGCAAACAUCCCUUUGUGCCAUGCUUCCUGGAGCCAGUGGAAGAGAAGUGGUUAUGGUGG